AUUGGGACAGGUAAAGAGAUCAUGUGUCUUACAUAUGACCACACCGGCGACAAAACUCGCAUUGCAAGCAGAACACACAACAGAUGGGUUCAAGUAUGGGCAUUUGACUCCAAAGGACCGUUGAUACCGAUCUUCAGUGUUGAGCUGUCCACCAUGAUCCCACGCACUGUCCAAUUCAAACGAACGGCAAGUAAAAACCUGUUAGUAUUCGGGAUGUAUGAUGGCGAAAUACAUACACUUCAAGGCUCAGAUGGUACUAUCAUCGGUACAAACAAGGCUGAACCUAUGAUCGGGCACACUGCUGUAAACGCCCCUCAAACACUAUUCCUAAUCGACAAUGUGGUUGAUGGAUUCAGCCUACAUUGUUUGGAAGAUGGAGCCUGCAUCUGUACCUACAAUACCAAUCCAGUGAAGACAUUCCCAAAACAGGUUGUUUUUGAGGACCGGGCUACCCUUGUUGUUGGAGGUAGCGACACAGGAACUAUUCGUAUUUUCAACAAGAAUGACGGUGCCCUUAAGCAAGUAUUGCAACACGCAGACAGGGGGUGA